CCCAUCAUACUCUAUGUCGUAAUAGAUCAUUAUCCAUAUGCAUUAUUAAAAGCGAUUAUUAAGCACAAAAUUUUAUCUAUUUAAAUUAUAUAUAAAAGUUCUAUCAUUUAUAUUAGUAUUCAUUUAAAUCUUUGAAUUGAAUUAGAUAAAUUGUUAGUUUAAUUAUUAAAUUCGAUAUUAAGUGAAAAUCACAUAUUGUUUUAUAACGAAAAUAAUAAUAAAAAAAAUGUCAGAUAUAACUCUUGAACCACUCGUUGGACCAUAUGAUCUUGGUGAAGGUCCUCAUUGGGAUUCUAUUUCUCAAAAACUAUAUUAUGUUGAUAUAUAUGCCCAAAAAGUAUUCAGAUUUGAUCCUGCAUCUGGUAUUGUUACUUCUGUGUUUAUUGAAAAUGGACCAGUUGGAUUUGUUGUUCCUGUUGAAGGAUGCACUGAUAAAUUUGUUGCUGGAUGUGGUAUAGAUUUUGUACUUUUUUCUUGGAAUAGCGAGAAAAGCCUUGAAAAUUGUAUAGCUCAAAUAUUAAUUAGUGCAGAUAGUGAUAGAAUAGAGACAAGAUUGAAUGAUGGAAAAGUAGAUUCCUCUGGAAGAUUAUGGGCUGGAACUAUGGGUCAUGAGAAAAAUGGAAUUUUUCCACCUAAUGUAGGAUCUCUUUAUUCAAUUGGUAAUGAUUUUAAGUUGAAAAAACAAAUAUCUCCUGUAUCUAUAAGUAAUGGAUUAGCCUGGAAUCCUAAUAAUGAUAUAUUUUACUAUAUUGAUUCACUCAGCUAUCAGAUCAUGGCAUAUAAUUACAAUUCUCAAACAGGAAUCAUAUCAAAUAAAAAAAUUGUGUUUGAUUUCUUGAAAAAUAAUAUUCCUGGAUUACCAGAUGGUAUGACUAUAGAUACAAAUGGAAAUCUUUGGGUUGCUGUUUAUGGUGGAGGUGGUAUUCUCAAUAUAAAUCCAAAAACGGGUGAAUUGUUGCGUUUUGUUAAGAUUAACAAUGCCAAGAACAUAACUAGUGUUGCUUUUGGUGGUCCUAAUCUUGAUAUUUUGUAUGUAACAUCAGCGCGUACUGGAUUAAAUGAGAAUCAAUUAAAAGAGCAAUUACAUGCUGGUUAUUUAUUUGCUAUUAAAGGUUUAGGUGUUUGUGGUUUUCCUGCCAAUUCAUUUAAACUACCAAAAAUAAAUUAAGAUAGAUAUACAUAUAAAUAUUUAAAAUAUAUACAAAUAUAUAUAAAACAUAUUUUUUUAAUAUUAAAUUAAAAAUAACAAAAUUUGUAGAUUGUAUAUAAAAAUUCUCUGUAGCAAUUUUUGCAAAGAAAUAAACAUUUUAAACUAAAAAA